CCGACAGCCACAUCCACAGCUCUCCUCUCCCCUUCUCCUCACCUUCAGCCCUCUACUCCACUCAGCUGCAGUCCAUCAUUCAUCUGGAACCCUGAGCAAACCCAGUCUUCUCCCCCGAUCUACUCUUAUCAUGGACACCACAAAAAUGACUAUCUCCUUCUCUGAGGCACUCUGUCACCUGAUUGUCUUGAUGCUAAGUCUGGGCCAAGGAAUUCAUUCGAUGCCUGUCCCUACUGACAUCCCCAUGUGCACAGCUUCAGAAACUGCCCAGUAUAGUCUAACAUUUACUGGCAAGUGGACCCAGGCAGCUUUUCCUAAGCAGUAUCCUCGCUACCGUCCUCCUGCACAGUGGUCAAAUCUUAUUGGGGUGACCCACAGCUCUGACUACCACAUGUGGCAACGUAAUGAGUUUGCCAGCAAUGGAGUGAGGGAGUUCACGGAGAAAGGUGAGGCUUGGACGCUUGUGAAGGAAGUUGAGACGGCCGGUGAACGCAUCCAGAGUGUUUAUGGGAUCCUCUCCGCUCCCGCUGUCGUGGGCGGCACAGGCCAGAUGCACACUGAGUUUGAGGUCUUUGCCAGGCACUCCUUUCUGUCAUUUAUUGUACGUAUCGUCCCAAGCCCGGACUGGUUUGUGGGUGUGGACAGUAUAGACCUGUGUGAUGGCGACCACUGGAAAGAAAAUGUGUCAGUGGAUCUUUUUCCAUAUGAUGCAGGAACUGACAGUGGGUUCACCUUCUCGUCUCCCAACUUUGAGACCAUCCCACAGGAUAAAAUCACACAGAUCACUUCCUCUUUCCCUAGUCACCCAGCCAAUUCCUUCUUCUACCCCCGCCUAAAGCACCUACCACCCAUUGCGAAGGUCACACUGACCAAAAUAAAGAAGACCAAUAAGAUCAUCAGCCUGCCCAUGGAGCCCACUCAAUCCAACCAGCUGCCAACAGGAAAUGAGAUUGAAGAUAAGCUCAUAAAUACCCCUCUGGACUGUGAAGUGUCAGUGUGGUCUCCCUGGGGCUUGUGCAAGGGCAAAUGUGGAGAGUCAGGCGUUCAGCACCGCACGCGCUACAUCAUAAUGCACCCAGCCAACAAUGGAGCAGCCUGUCCCCUGCUGGAGGAAGAGCGGAAGUGUUUCCCAGACAACUGUUUAUGACUAGGCCAGGAAAGGAGGGAAAAGAAAGAGAGGAAGGAGAGGAGAAAGAAGAAGGAGAGGAAAGCCAGAAAAGGGAGGAAAGGACGAAGACGCAACAGCAACAGUAAAAGGUCCACGAUUUAAUCA